CCUGAGUCAUCCUCCAGCGUCUCAAACGCAACAGCUUGAGUUUCCUGUUUAGGAUUCAACAAGUUUUAGUCCGAUUUAAACACGCUGGGUGAUGGAGGGCUCCGUGUCUAACGUGGAGGUCUGUAAUUUCGCGUUCAGCGGGCAGUUCGACAAAUUAAGACAGUCCAUUCUGUCUGAUAAAUCACUCGCCUGCAGAACGGACCAGGACGGGCGGACCUCUCUCCACUGGGCCUGUUCUGCUGGACACACCAACAUCGUGGAGUUUCUGCUUGGUUUGGGAGUUGAAGUCAAUGUGCAGGAUGAUGCCUCAUGGACUCCUCUGCACAUUGCUGCAUCUGCAGGCAGAGAAGACAUAGUGAAAUCUCUGAUAGGCAAAGGAGCCCAGCUGAAUUCUGUUAAUCAAAAUGGAUGCACUCCUCUGCACUAUGCCGCCUCUAAAGACAGAUAUGAGAUCGCCUUACUGCUGCUGGAAAAUGGAGCAGACCCCAAUGCCACCGACAAGUUGGACUCCACUCCCCUGCACAGAGCGGCGGCCAAGGGCAACUACCGUCUCAUCCAGCUGCUUCUCAAGCACAGUGCCUCAACGAACAUCCAGGACUCGCAGGGCAAUACAGCACUCCAUCUUGCAUGUGAUGAGGAACGCGUGGAAGCGGCCAAGUUGCUGGUAGAACAUGGUGCCAGCAUUUAUAUUGAGAACAAGGAGGAGAAGACCCCCCUCCAGAUAGCCAUGGGUGGGUUGGGGAACCUUCUCCGUCGUAUCGUGGAGGGCUGAUGCUUUCACUGACUCGUUGGUUGUGGUUUGGCUGAAACCCCUACGGUCGCAUCCUGAUGAAAAGUAUCAUCCCAUUCAGUCCUUCUUGAGCAGGCCUCUUGUUAUUUGGUGUGACCCGUGACAUGUGAAAGAGGCAAUAGUGUCGAAGAAAAGGAUUGGAUUGUUUGUGAGCCUGAUCAGUAUCUUCUUUUGUGGUUUUAAGACCGAUAUGUCUGAAGAACAAACUAAGCACAGUUUUUCCAGCAACACUCUGUGUUUUUCUGUAAAAGUUGAAGUAUAGAAUUGGCUAAAACGAAACAUCAAGUGGUGACAAAAUUUGGUUGCAAUAAACUUGUAUCUAAAUGAAAA